AUGACCAAUACAUUAAAGUCUAUUAUUAAUUUUGAUGCGGUCAAUCGUAGUUUGUUCCCCAAACUACAACAACCACAAAUAGAUAUAUUUAUGGUACAUAGACAGGGUGUGGAUGACUAUCGUAAAGCUCAGCGUGAAUUAGAAAGAUAUACUUUAAAUCCUGAUGAAAUAAAACAAUUAUUGGGGAAAAUAGGUUUAGCCGAACAAAUUGAUUAUAAAGAUAAAGAGGCAUUAGCUUUGUUGUUAAGAUUACAUAAUUUUCAUUUAUUAGAUCCUAUUAAUGUUAAUCCACAAAUACUAAAAAUAUUUGAAGUAUUCAAACAUUAUCUUUCGGUCAAAUUUCAGGAUAUAAAAGUAUCUAAAUAUUGUCACUUAACAACUGCAAUCAGCAUUAAUGCCCCUCCUGUGCAAUUUGGAUCUUACGUUGUUGGCCAGUCUAAGUCUGAAUCAGUGAAUAGUCUGGUACCAAAUCCAACUCAAGCCUCAAGCAAGUCUUUCAAACCUUCUACUUCUAUAAGAAAUCAUCGUUUAAAUCCCGUAAUUGACUUAUUUCGUCCAAAACCAGAAUCUUCAUCAAGAGUUAACUUCGAAUUAUUGACUGCAAAAAUAAAUUCUGACGAUAUUUCAGAAUUUUUUGACGCAUUAGGUGGUAUUAAGUUUGAGACAGAAACACAUUUAGAGUCUGCUACUCAACAAUCUUUUCAUAACAACAUUCUUACCCACUGUGUUAAUGCAUUGAAACUUAACUUUGAAAAAGUCAAUGACGAGAGUCAAGUUGCUAAUGAUACUAUUAGGGAAGAUAAACCUAUCAGAAUUACCACAGACAUAAUGGUUAAGUUAAAUAAUAUCAAAAUACCAAUUGAAAUCAAAAGAGAUUUAUCACCUUUUAAAUACUUAAUUAACAAUCCAAAUGUUUCCCAUGGAAGAGAAGUAGUACAUAUUUUUUCACAAUGUUUACGUGAAUCAAUUGCAGUAGAUUCAAAUUUAGUAGUCCUAUCCGAUUACUUCAACACCUACUUAAUUGAUCUUAAGAAUGCAAAACUCUUUGGAGAUAUAACUACCGACAACAGUGAUCUAAUUAGAAAUAUGACAUGUCAGAUAAUUGACAUAUCUGAUACAUCGGAAUUUUCAACUACAACUCAAUUAUAUGGUUGCCUUAUACAUUAUUAUAACCAACAAGUUAACGAUUCUAAUAAUUUAAAGCAACAUAUCGAGGAUCAAAAUCUUAAAGUAUUAUUUCCUCUAAUUAAUAAAGAAGUUAUUAAUUAUAAUAUCUCUGUUGCUAAAUAUUGUUCAGAUAAUCAUAUUACAUCAAAGAUCACAUACGAAGAUACUCCAACUGCUCCAAAUAGCAGUGAAGGGAUAAUUACCGAAAUAGCCAAUACUACCCAACUAGAAAUUACUCAUUCAAGAACCAGUAUUCUUCAGAAAUCAGAAUUGAAAUCUACUUCCUUAGAAGAUUUAAGAGCAGAAUAUGAAUUUCUAGAGGUGAUAUCAGGAAAGGCCCUUCAACGUAAUUAUUCAGUUGUUAUUCGUGUAUAUGAUCCUGAAGCAAAGACCGAAAAGAUAAUCAAGAUUUAUGACUGUUUUUGGAAUUGCAAAUACCAACAGAAGCAAGACAUUAAAUAUUGCUAUCUAGAGGCCCUCAAAAGCUUCAGUAAGGAGUUGUCUAGCUAUAGACUGUUGAAGGGUAUUCCUGGCAUACCAACAUUACAUGAAGCUGGAUUUUUAAAUACCUGUGGUCAAAACCAAGAUACUGAAUUUGAUAUUGAUAAAGGAGUGUUGUCAGGGUUUUACUUAAUUAUAGAUUUAAUACCUGGAAAGCCAUUAAGAUCAUAUCCUAAAGCUGAAAGAAAAAAAUUUAAAGAAUGCUGCCAGGCUACAAUUGAUGCUGUCCAUGCUCAAGGUAUUGUCCAUAACGAUAUACACCUGGGCAACAUAAUAAUUUGUGAAAAUGAAGAUGGAUCUUUCUCUGCUUUUUUAAUUGAUUUUGGUUAUAGUGAACAAGCUUAUGAAAGAAAACGUUGGAAUGGUGAACCAAAUGGUUUCUCUAAUGUGCCUAAGAGAGAUAAAAAUCUUGACUCAAGAAUUCAAUAUGAUAAUGAAGACUUAAAUGCAAGUCUUCAAGAAGACCAAAUUGCUGAAAGUAAUAAGAUGAUAACAUUUCAUAGUUUGGAUGCUCUUCCAAGAAAUAAUUGA